AUGUUCAUUCUGCAACUACGACAUAAGAGGAAUAAGUCUUUAAUUGUGUUCAAAGGCAACAAUUCCAUUUUCAGCAAGACGUUACUGUAUCCGGAAAUUCGCAUGGCGGCAUCCGCCUCCGCGGCGGCCACUCCGGAAGGUCGCCGCAAGCAUAACGCCGGAGAUGCGGAAGAUCAGCGACGAUUAGUAAACGUAAAAACUCCUGUCGAUGUGGAUGGAACGCAAGUGCUGAUCUCUGUUGGCAGGUAG